AUGUUCGGCUGCCCUUCUCCCAACAGUUCUAUAACUGUCUCAAACCAAACCCACCAACCAGGCAAGCUGAGCUCUCAGAGUAUUUUUACCGUCUCCCUUCAUGGAAUAGUCUCGACCGUUGGCAUCAUUGAGAACCUUCUCAUCCUCGGAGUCGUUGGGUUCCGCGUCCGCCGCUCCAUGCUUAGCAUCUGGAUCCUAAACCUGGCGGCGUCUGACUUCCUGGCCACAUGCUUCCUGCCCUUCUUCACCCUCUACUUAGCUCGUGGAGGCACCUGGAUGUUGGGCGCUACCUUCUGCCGCAUCUACUCCUACAUGUUCUUCCUCAACAUGUUCGUCAGCGCCUUCCUGCUGGCGGCUAUUUCCCUGGACCGUUGCCUGGUUGUGUUGAAACCCGUCUGGGCCCAGAACUACAGAAGCACCGAGCUGGUGGGGAGGAUUUGUGUAGUGAUUUGGGUCUGUGCUAUAAUCUGCACCAUCCCUUUUUACUUGUUUCGUGACACCAUCCCACAACGCUCUGGCAAGAUUUACUGUUACUACAACUAUGCCAGAUUGCUACCGAGUGAGCCCUACAACCUGAUAGCGUUAUGCAAGCAGCGCAAGGAGGGACUGGUUAUCAUGAAGUUCCUUUUUGCUUUCCUGAUUCCUCUUCUAAUCAUCAUCUUCAGUUACGUGGCUGUCAACAACAAAUUGGCAUACAGAGGCUGCCGGCGGCCUUUCCGUUUUGUUCGGCUUGUAGUGGCUGUUGUGGUGACCUUUGUCCUCUGCUGGGCUCCGUACCACAUCUUCAUUAUCGUGGAGAUGAUGGCCCCUAAUGGGAGUUUUGAGCAGAAGAUCGCAACCAAAGCUCUUCCAAUAUCAACGACGAUCGGCUUCAUGAACAGUGUCAUCAACCCCAUCCUGUAUGUCUUCAGCUGUCCCGAUCUGUGCCGCAAGAUCCGGCAUUCUCUCGGAGCAGUGAUGGAGAGCGUCCUGGCCGAGGAUCUGGCAGAGCUGGCCCGGCGACGUAGCACCGCUCGAAGCUCCAUCAGUACCACCGAGUUUGAAAUGAGGAAGAAAAAUUCCAUUUUAGCUUCAGCUCCUUUGAAAGCAGAGACGUCUGAGCAGGACGAAAGUCUCAGCAACUAG